ACCCUCUCAAUCUUCACACUUGUACAUGGAACUCUGAAUCACUGAGAAGAAGGGAAAGCAUACUCAUCGCUAUCAGACCUUUGAUGCGUAAUAUGGCAUUGCUGAGUGUCUGUGGCUGGGAUGGAGAAUCUACAGGUCAACCAGGAGAAAGUAAUCUUUGUUUAUUUCCAAAUUUUACAUUAGGUGCUCCCCAUCUUCUUCCAUCUGCCAACAAGCUUUCUUCUUCUCACCUUCGCAACACUGGUCCCCCACCACCAGAACAUGGCACUACCACUCUCGCCUUUAAGUAUGCAGAUGGGGUGGCUGUUGCAACAGACUCACGUUCCUCUGCUGGAAAUCUCGUCUGCAGCCCUGACAGCCGUAAAGCCUUCCUUGUGCAUAGUCAUUUGCUGGCCACGACUUCUGGGAGUUCUGCCGAUUGCCAUUUCUUCAGAAGAGCUUUGUCCAGAGAGUGCAGGCUCUACCAGGUGCGGAAUGGGUACAUGCCAAGUGUCAAAGGAGCAGCAAAAAUGCUGAGUGUCCUGAUGAUGCCAUUCCGUGGAACUGAUGUCUGUGCUGCCGUAACUUUAUGUGGCUGGGAUAGAGAUGGCCCUUGCAUCUGUUACGUAUAUAAUGAUGGAACUCGUCUCUGCUCAGAUAUCCUGUCAGUUGGAUCAGGCUCUCCAUUUGCCUACAGCAUUAUAGAUCAGGGAUACAAACCUGGAAUGAAGGAGGAAGAGGCCCGCCAGCUUGCUAGAAGAGCAGUGUGCCACGCAGGCCGAAGAGAUGCCUAUUCUGGCGGAUUAGUGGAUGUGUACUGGGUGAGAGAGGGAGGCUGUGAAAUGGAUCCUAGAGAAGACUUAUCACAACUUUAUGAGCGUGUAAAAGAAGAAGAAAAGAAAAUGAUAAUGACAGUGUGCAACAGUUCUCCUCUCUUAAAUUCUGACUAAAAUGGAAUAAACCCUAUUAGCAUUUAACAUGAUCAAGUAAAUAUAACAGCAAUUACUAUGACCAUGUUGUUUAAUGUGCUUUAAUAUUUAUCUGAGUUGAUUUUCCCCCACAAAUCAAUUAUUCUGCAAAUGAUAUGCAGCAAUUUUAUGUAUUUAAAAAGUCAUAGCAUAUCAGAAUUGUCAGUUUCACAUUUUCAAAGUAAACACAGGUGAGUUUGGCAAACAAAUACAUUUUCUAAGCACUUUUUAUAA